UUCUGAACUAAAAAAAUAUAAUAAAGUAAUUAAUAAAAAUAUUUAAAAUUAAUUAAAUGGAAAACGAAGUAAAUGUAACAGGUUAUAAUGAAAGCAGUCACAUGUCGUUUUUAGAGGGCAGUGGGGCUGAUUUACUAACAAAUGUUUCUAAUACUCCACUAUGCAGUGAGAAUGAGGCAGAUAAAUCAAAUUUACAGGAAAAUCUCCGUUUUGAAAGUGAUGACUCAGUCCUAGAUUCCGACUAUGAGGACUCAACUUCUACUAAUAAUGGAAAUAGUAGCAAUUUAGAUGAUGAUGAACUGCUCAACGAGGCCCCGACUACAUUCCAAAGAGCUUAUUCAAGGAAAGAAACAUGCACAAGACGGAACUUGCAAAAGGCAUACGUUAAUAACCUGGGCACACGCACAUGGAAUGCGAUGUGGAUCACGCUGUGA